AUGGAUUCCGGCAACAACAGCGGGAGCCUCCACUCGUCCAGCGGCGGAGACGAUGAGUACGACUCGCGCGCCUCCGCGGACCACCACAACAUAUUCAUGGCCACCCAGCCCCCACCGGCCCCCUUGUUCGACCCUUUCUCCAACUACACCCAACCGCUCCUCCACCCCAACCCCCUCCAGAACCCGAACCCGCCCUGGCCGGGGUCGGCUCCCCUCCGAUCCGACCCGAACCCCCACUCCCAAUCCCAAACCUUCCUCAACCCCUUCAUGCCCUCCUUCCAGACGCCACCACCGCCGCCCCCUCCCCAAUCCGACACUGCCGCCGCCACGACCACCGCCGCAGCCCCUCCGACGGCGGCGCGGAAUCCGAGGAAGAGAUCCCGAGCCUCCAGGCGCGCCCCGACCACCGUUUUGACGACGGACACCACCAACUUCCGGGCCAUGGUCCAGGAAUUCACGGGCAUACCCGCCCCGCCCUUCACCGGCCCAUCCUUCCCACGCCCCAACCGCCUCGACACCCUCUUGGCCUCGAGAUCCGCCCUGGAGGCCGCCGCCACGCCCUACCUCCGCCGCCCCUUCUCCCACAGGGGGCCCACGCCGCCGCCGCCGUUCUUCCUCCCAACCUCCGCCACUAAUAAUAAUGAUACUAAUAAUAAUCUUUUACUAAGCAUCAAUAAUAGCAACCAAAAUAACGACGACAACAACAACAACAACAACAAUCAGAGCCAAAACCAGCUUUUCACCUCCCUCCUCCAAACCAGCCCAUCCAAGUUCGUAUUCUCCGGCGGCGGCGGCUCCUCCGCCACGUCAUCAUCAAAGCCCGCGUUCGAUUUCCAGCCGGACGAUAUCAAGACCAGGCCGGGCCUGGACGCAUUCGGGCUGGGCGUGGGCCACGGGACCUAUGCGGCCAACGACCUCCCGAGCCUUGUCUCGUCCGACCGGGCCGGGGCUCGAAAUGACGGUGAGGACGACGAGAAUGCAGCCAAAUGGAGGAGGAACAACAGCAGCAGCGAUGCUAAUCAAGGAUACAAUCAGGCCCGAAUGAAGUCCGGGGGAUUCGACUUUUCGGGCCCAAACUCAUCUGGGCCGGGCCCGGAUAACAGUAUUCCCACAAGCAGAGUAGGAGACCAAGGUAUGGUGGAAUCGUGGAUUUUUUCUUCAGACUAG